AUGUUAGAACGUUCAUAUCAUGAACAAGAACUUAUUGGAACCAUACAACAAUGUCUUCAUGAACAUAAUCUUAUUCUACGAAGAACAACUCAUCAUACCAAUCAAUUCUAUUUAAUAGAUAAAGAUAGAUUUUAUGAACGAGGUCAAAAUUAUAUGCAACAACAUCAAGACGAUUAUGAACUUCUAUCUUCUAUCUCAAAUAUGGAGACAAUAGUUAAUCAACAUAUUCAUAAAAUUAAUAUGACAUUAAACUUUUUAGAACUUGAACAUUAUAUAACUAAAGAUAUUUAUCAACAACUUUUUCUUCAACGUAAUGAUAUUCAAUUAAAGAAUGUUUAUUUUUUAUUUGAUAGAUCCUAUGUCAAACCAAUCUUUUCAAUGGAAUCAAAUGUAACAUCGAAAUUAUCAACUUAUCUUGAUGAUUUACUUCGACCAACAAUUGAAGAUAUAUUAAAAGAUACUUUUGUCGAUCAAGAUUUUGAUUUUAUUCAACGUCUUCAACAACCAAAUUGUUCUUCGAAACUUCAACAAACAACUUUAUUGGUACGAAUAAAAAUUCAAAAUUUUUUUAAUAUGUUUACAUAUCAAUCUACUGUGAAUCGAAUUAUAUAUUUAUUAGUGAAACAUUGUAAAAAUCAACCGAUCAAUGGUGUGUCAAUGAUUGCUAUUGAAACUUUACUAGAAUUAUAUUU